ACAGUUUAACUUCUUUUCUUUUGCAGGCUUGACCCUGUGGGACCGUGAAGACCUGAUGAAGGAUGUUGCAGAACGACCACAAAACUAUAAUGAAUUUGAGAUAGUUGCCUCUGAAUCAAUUGAGGAUAAAUCCUCUGCACUUGAUGUUAAAGCAUCACUGAAGGCAAGUUUCUUGUGUGGACUCAUUCAGGUAGAUGGAUCAGCGAAAUACCUGAACGACAGUAAGACUUCCAAAAACCAAGCCAGAGUAACACUGAAGUACAGAGCAACUACAAAGGUCCGGGAACUGUCGAUGAAUCAUCUUGGAAGAGGAAAUGUGAAACAUCCUUAUGUUUUUGACAAAGGAAUAGCAACACACGUAGUCACAGCGAUUCUUUAUGGGGCACAAGCCUUCUUCGUUUUUGACCGAGAGGUUUCUCAAAAAGAAGAUCAACAAGACAUUGAGGGAAACUUGAAGUUAGACAUCAAGAAAAUACCUUCCCUUUCUAUAGAGGGUGAUGGUUCACUGAAAAUGGAAGAAAAGGAAAAAGUUAGUGUUGAGAAGCUCUCCUGUAGUUUCUUUGGAGACUUUUCCCUUCAGAAAAUGCCAACAUCGUUUCAGGAAGCAGUGCAAGUCUACCAAAGUCUGCCUAAACUGCUGGGACCCAAUGGAGAAAACGCAGUACCAAUGAAGGUCUGGCUGCUGCCUCUGACAACUUUAGAUUCUUCUGCUGCUAAACUUGUACGUCAGAUAAGUAUAACACUAGUACAAGACUCACAGAAUGUCCUGGAGGACCUCAAUGAGCUGGAAAUGAGGUGUAACGAGGCACUGAGAACCACCACAGCAAAGCAGUUCCCACAGAUCAGCAAAAAGAUGAAAACUUUUAAAGGGAUGAUCUCUGGAUUCAAGCUAGAAUUCCAACAAACAUUGGCAAAGAAACUUCCAUCAAUCCGAGGAGGAGGAGAAGAGGAGGCUGUGCUCGCAGAUGUCCUGAGGAAAAUACACUCUUCUCCAUUCAACAACAAAAACCUGACUGAGUGGAUGGAUUGUAAAGAGAGAGAGAUCUGUCUUUUAAAGUCUUUUAACAACAUGAUAAAGAACACCAAGACUGUUCCAUCCCAAAAUAUUGAUCAGGAAAUUUUCAGUUCAGAAUAUGCUGUGUGUUUUGUUUUCACCUCACUGGGAAAAGAUGAACCGUACCUCUCAGCUUUGUCAAACUACUUAAGACAAACACCCAAACCAGAAAACACUCAAGAUCCACAUACUCUGGAUGUAGAGAAGGAACAAUGGUAUCUUUCCCAUGAAGUGACAGAUUCAAUGAGGGAAAAAGCAAAGCUCUUCAGUGACUUUGCAGAGGCCAACCAGGAGAACAAGAACAUUAAGUUCUUGACAGUUGGAAUAACAAAUGAGACACAGAAAGGUUCGAGCAUCUACCUUUAUAAAGGGGGCUUUUCUGUCACUGAGAACUUUGAGCCACCUUCAAAGCCUGAAACAGUCACAGUAAGAGACGUAAACCACAACAGUGUAACACUGAAGAUUGAUCCACCAAAGUUUGGAUCAGAGAGCAUCACCUCCUACUCUGUUGAGUACUGUGUCAGUGGAGAGGAAGGAUGGAAACAACAGACAGCAUCAAAACCUGAAGAGGUCACAGUGGGUGAUCUGAGUCCAAACACAGAGUAUAAGAUCAGGUGCAGAGCAGUGACCUCUGUAGGUGUUGGACCAGCCAAUCAUGUCAGUGGUUCCAUUAAAACCUUACCCUGCAGCCCUCCUGGAAAACUUCAAAUUGAAUCAAACUCAAGUGAGAUAUCAGUGAGCUGGAAGAAACCGGCUGAGCUUGGACGAGACGUCCACAUUUUGAGCUACAUCGUGGAGUACGCCAAAACAAACAAGAGAACAGACGAAGAGGAGGAUCUCCAGUGGAAGCAAAUGAUAACAAGAGCUGAGAAGAUGAUCAUUUCAGGGCUUCAGUCAGCGACAGAAUAUGUUGUCAGGGUCAGAUGUGAUUGUGGUGCAGCUGGCAGAAGCAAGGAGAGCAUCACUGUGAAAAUCUGCACUAGUAGACGUGAAUUUGCGAGUCUUACAGAGUACCUCAAAAACAUUAGCAAAAGGAAACUCUCUGCAUCACCCUCAGUUUACAAACUGCCUCUGGAAAAAGAAGACAUUGACAUAGAUGGAUGUCGGAGGUUUAACUUGGGCAAAGAAAGCAUGAGACAAAAUCCCACAAUAAUGCUUGUAGGAGCGACCGGAUCAGGAAAGUCCACUCUGAUCAAUGGAAUGAUCAACUACAUUGUUGGAGUGAACUGGGAGGAUGACUUCCGAUUUAACUUAAUUGAAGAGGAUGAGUCCAGAUCACAAACUGAAAGCCAGACUUCUGAAGUCACUGUGUACAAAAUCAACCACCAGGAAGGGUUCAAAGUUCCUUUCUCUUUGACUAUAGUCGACACUCCAGGGUUUGGGGAUACAAGAGGAGUUGGGCGAGACAGGGAGAUCACAGACCAAAUUCGGAGACUUUUCACCUCUGACAAUGGAGUUUGGGGGAUUGAUGCAGUGUGUUUUGUUACUCAGGCCUGUCUCGCACGACUUACAGCAACACAACGAUAUGUGUUUGACUCAGUUCUCUCCAUUUUUGGAAAAGAUGUGGCAGAGAAUAUUCAGAUGCUGGUGACUUUUGCAGAUGGCAAGCAGCCCCCCGUUCUUGAGGCUAUAAAUGUGUCAGGGGUCCCAUGUCCAAAAAAUGACAUAGGGCUUCCAGUUCACUUCAAGUUCAACAACUCUGCAUUAUUUGCAGACAACAGAUCCAUCAGUGACAGGGCCUGUGAUGAGGAUUCUGAUGAUUAUGGCAACUUUGAUGAAAUGUUUUGGAACAUGGGUACCAAACGUAUGGAGAAGUUCUUCAAUGCAUUGGUUAAAAUGUCAACUAAAAGCCUGCUGAUGAGAUGAGAUGAUGAGAUGAGAUGAGAUUCAACUUUAUUGUCAUUA